AUGGACUACGACAGUAUGAAGGAGCAGUGGGGUGAGGUCGAGGAUCGGGAUGGAGUCCGCCUGAGCUGGAACGUCUUCCCAAGCACUCGCAUGGAAGCGUCGAGACUGGUCGUUCCCAUUGGCGCCCUGUACACCCCUCUGAAGGAGAAGCCCGACACGCCCUUGUUGCAAUUCGAGCCCGUCACCUGCAAGCAGCCCUGCCGCUCGGUCCUGAACCCCUUUUGCCAAGUCGAUGUGCGCGCUCGCCUUUGGAUCUGCCCUUUCUGCCUCUCGAGGAACCCGCUUCCGCCGCACUAUAAGGAUAUCACAGCCCAGGCCAUCCCUCCUGAGCUGCACCCCUCCAACACGACCAUCGAGUACAGGCUGUCGCGACCGGCUCCGAGCCCGCCCAUCUUCCUCUAUGUCGUGGAUACGUGUCAGGAGGAGGACAGCUUGGCUGCCCUGAAGGAGUCGCUCAUCAUGAGCCUCAGUCUCCUGCCCGAGAAUGCGCUGGUCGGGCUGAUCACCUACGGAACUAUGGCACAGGUACACGAGAUUGGCUACACCGAGUGUGCCAAGUCGUACGUUUUCCGGGGCAGCAAAGAAUACGCUGCCAAGCAGGUUCAGGAGAUGCUGGGUCUCAUACAGCCCGCCAUGCGCCCGGGUAUGCCCGCGCAUCAGCCAGGCAGGCCUAUGCCGAUGGGACCCGCCUCUCGGUUCCUGCUCCCAGUUACCCAGGCCGAGUUCCAGCUCACCAAGGCGCUCGAGCAGCUACAACAGGACCCUUGGCCCAUCUCCAGCGACCGCAGAAACCUGCGCUGCACAGGCGUUGCUCUUUCCGUCGCCGUUGGCCUACUCGAGACCUCGUUCCAGAACGCCGGCGGCCGCAUCAUGCUCUUCGCCGGCGGUCCCGCCACCGAAGGGCCCGGUAUGGUUGUCGGCCCCGAGUUGAGGGAGCCAAUCCGAUCGCAUCACGACAUUGACCGUGAUAACGUCAAGUAUUACAAGAAGGCGCUCAAGUUUUACGAUAAUCUCGCCAAGAGGACCGCCCACAAUGGCCACACAAUCGACAUCUUCGCCGGCUGUCUCGACCAAGUCGGUCUUCUGGAGAUGAAGGGUCUCUGUAACUCAACCGGAGGCCACAUGAUCCUGACGGACAGCUUCACUUCGUCCAUGUUCAAGCAAUCCUUCAUCCGUGUUUUCGAGAAGGAUGGCGAUGACAAUUUAUUGAUGGGCUUCAACGCUGUUCUUGAGGUGCUCACCACCAAGGAACUCAAGGUCACCGGUCUCAUCGGCCACGCAGUGUCCCUCAACAAGAAAUCGACCUCAGUGGGCGAGACAGAAUGCGGUAUCGGCAAUACCUGCUCCUGGAAGAUGUGUGGUAUCGACCCCAAGGCUAGCUACGGCGUCUACUUCGAGAUUGCCCAGGGCGGCCCCUCACAACACCAGCAGAACCAAAAGGGUAUGAUCCAAUUCCUGACAUACUAUCAACACUCGUCCGGCCAGUUCCAUCUCCGCGUCACCACAAUUGCGCGGGACCUUAGUGGGCCGGCUGGCGACCCAGCAAUCGCCCAUUCAUUCGACCAAGAAGCAGCUGCCGUUCUCAUGUCCAGGAUCGCUGUCUUCAAGGCCGAGGUUGACGAUGGGCCGGAUGUGCUUCGCUGGGUUGAUAGGAUGCUCAUCAGGCUCUGCUCGAGGUUUGCGGAUUACCGCAAGGACGAUCCGUCAUCCUUCCGCCUGGAAAAGAACUUCACAUUAUACCCGCAGUUCAUGUUCCACCUGCGGAGGAGUCAGUUCUUGCAAGUUUUCAACAACUCGCCAGACGAGACCGCCUUCUACAGGCACGUGCUCGACCACGAAGAUGUCAGCAACUCCCUGGUCAUGAUUCAACCCACACUCGACUCCUACACCUUUGAUCAGGAGGGUGGGCAGCCGGUGCUCUUGGACUCUUCCUCUAUCCAGCCAACCCACAUCCUCCUUCUCGACACCUUUUUCCACAUCCUUAUCUUCCACGGCGAGACCGUUGCCGAAUGGCGGAAGGCAGGCUACCAGGACCAAGAGGGAUACGAGAACUUUGCCUCUCUCCUGGAGCAGCCAAAGGAAGAUGCCAGGGAUCUCAUCACCGACCGCUUCCCCCUUCCCCGUUUCAUCGUCUGCGACCACGGCGGCUCGCAGGCACGUUUCCUGCUCUCCAAGCUCAACCCGUCCACCACACAUACCUCGGGUGCCGGGGCCUACGGCGGCGUUGGAGCGCAGAGCGCACAGACCAUUUUCACAGACGAUGUGUCCUUGCAAACAUUUAUGGAGCAUCUCAUGAAACUGGCUGUUAGUGGCACGAACUAG